CAACAUGCGAAUCUAACAUCUCAAACACCAUGAUCGGGAACAACCAUCUCUCCCCAGCUUGGCAAUGAGCGAUGCAAGCAAUAAUGCCGGCCGCGACCCAGGCGGCGAUGGCGGCACCUACAGCUACAGAGCUUCCAGCGACAAGCCUCAUCCCUCCGAGUAUCUCGAGUUCGUCACGGCCCCCAGCCAACCAGGCUCAUGCCGCCUUGAACCUUUGAAGACACAGAAUGAGCAGCGGAACACCGCCAAAUCUCCGACGGAGGACCGAAUACACAUUACACAAUCCAAUGAUGAUUUGUUUCACGGCCUCUCUGCGGCCAUUCCUGGCCUGCGCAGUUUGUCGGUUGACGCUCGAGCCGCUACAAAGGCCGAACAUGCCAUGACGUUCUUGAGGGGCUGUCGGUUGUAUCCCAAGGCGAUCGCAUGGUCGCUGCUCCUCAGCAUGACCAUCGUCAUGGAGGGCUAUGACUUGACCCUCGUCAACUCGUUCUUUGCAUUUCCAGUCUUCAGGCGCUCUUAUGGCGCACCCCUCCACCCGCAUGCCCCAUCGAGUCAACAGGAUUACCAGAUUUCCCCCGCAUGGCAAUCUGGUCUCACUAAUGCAGCUGUUGCCGGGGAAAUUCUGGGGUUGAUGUUUAAUGGCUUUUUCACCGAUCGUUUUGGCUAUCACAAAACCAUGGUUGGCACUCUGAUUUGGAUGUCUCUGUUCGUGUUUCUUGCCUUCUUUGCUGUCGAUAUCAGGAUGCUCCUCGCCGCCCAGGUUUUGUGUGGUCUGCCCUGGGGGUGCUUCCAGACUCUUUCGACCACGUACGCGGCGGAGGUGAUGCCGGUGGCUCUGCGAGCCUAUCUCACGUCCAACGUCAAUAUGUGCUGGCUUAUUGGUCAACUGUGCGGCGUGGCUGUCAUCCGGGGCCUUGUCCACAACAAUUCCGAAUGGUCGUACCGCAUACCCUUCGGUUUGCAGUGGGCGUUCGCGGUCCCCAUCUUGGCGGGUGUGCUCCUGGCGCCCGAGAGCCCGUGGUGGCUGGUCCGACAUGAGAAAAUCGGCGAGGCGAAGAAGUCCCUGUUGCGACUGACCACCAAGGAUUCCGACCCCGACUUCAAUGCCGACGAGACCGUGGCGAUGAUGCAGCACACGAACGAAGUGGAGAAAUACCUGAAUGGCGGCGGCGUGUCGUACCUCGACUGCUUCAAGGGGACCGACCUUCGACGAACCGAGAUAUGCUGCAUGGUCUGGUGCACCCAAGCCCUAUGCGGCAGCACGAUGACUGGCUACGCCGCGUAUUUCUACGAGCAAGCCGGCUUUGACACCGCCGACAGCUUCAACCUGGCCGUGGGCAUGUAUGCGGGCGCGAUCUGUGCCGGAAUUCUGGCCUGGUUCGGGAUGCGCAAGAUCGGCCGCCGCACACUGUACCUGGGGGGUCUGGUGCUGUCGUUCAUCAUCCUGAUCGUGACGGGCAUCGUCGGCACGUUCCAGGAGACGGACAGCACGUCGUGGGCGCUGGGGUCCUUGAUCAUCGUCCUGACGUUCGUGUACGACUUCACGGUGGGGCCCGUGUGCUACGUCCUCGUGGCCGAGAUCCCGUCCAGCCGCCUGCGCGUCAAGACGGUGGUCAUCGCCCGCGUGGCCUACAACGUGGUCAGCAUCGUCACCAACAUCAUCACGCCGCGGAUGCUCAACCCCGCGGCGUGGGACUGGAAGGGCAAGUCGUGCUUCUUCUUCGCCGGCACGACCCUGCUGUGUCUGGUGUGGUGCUGGUUCCGCCUCCCGGAGCCCAUGGGCCUGACGUACAUGGAGCUGGACAUCUUGUUCGAGAAGAAGGCCAAGGCCCGCAAGUUCAAGGAGUUCCAGGUCAAUCUGGCCAGCACGGGCUACUUUUCGCUCACGCAGACCCGCUCGGACAGCGUGUGGAGGGGAUACCAAUAG